AUGCUAAGAAAUUCCACAAGCCUGAUUCAUAAAGUAGCAAAUAAAUGUAGUAUAAAUGAAUCCAAAUUGACUUUACAUGAGAAGCAGCUAUUAAACAACUUAUUAUUAUCCAUAAGCAAUGGGUCGAUAAAUGUAUUGGCUCAGAAUCCAAAUAUUCGGCGAAAUUUUGUUGAUUAUGUGUCUCAAUCCACUGAAUUAUGCAAAUUGACACGCGAUUGGAUAUUGAAAAGAUUGGAACCUACUGAGAUUAUGCGACAAUUUAACCAAUUUAUAAACAAUAAGUUCUACCCCCAACUAUGUUCUUUACGGGAUCUAUCCCUUAUCACUGAUUUGAGUCGACCUGACCAAGCAUUUCCACAAGCUAGACAAUUGAAUAGAAAAAUAUUUAUCCAUCACGGACCGCCAAAUAGUGGGAAAACACAUAGCUCUUUACUGAAAUUGAUUCAAGCCAAAAGCGGUGUAUACUGCGCUCCACUACGUCUCAUGGCAUAUGAAAUAUUCGAUAAACUGACAAGAGCAGGAAUAAAGACUAAUCUGCUAACCGGACAAAAAAGAAUGAUUGACAGCGAAUCAAGUCAUUUAGUUUGUACAGUGGAAAUGUUGCCCAUAGGUAAAAGCUUUGACGUGGGCAUAAUAGAUGAAAUGCAAAUGGUGGCGGAUGAAUCCCGUGGUUUUGCCUGGUGUCGUGCCUUUUUUGCGUUACAGGCCAAAGAAUUACAUAUAUGUGGAAAUAGCUGUGCAUUACCAAUAUAUACAGCACUGGCAAAUCAAUGCAACGAAACUGCCCAAUUAAUUGAGUAUAAUAGGCUUACACAGCCUGUAAAAAUUUGUGAAGCUCCCAUAACACUGGAUGAUUUGAAACCCAGAGAUUGUCUAGUUUCUUUUUCGCCAAUAACACUGUUUCAAUAUAAGUUCAAAUUGGAAUGUUUGGGGAAAAAAUCUUGCAUAUUAUACGGUUCUUUGCCUCCGGAAACUAGAUUAUUGCAGAUUGAAAGGUUUAACCGUGGUGGUCAUAUAUUAUUGGCAACUGAUGUUAUUGGCAUGGGUCUCAACCUUGAUAUACAAAGGGUUAUACUUGCAAAUUUAGAAAAGAGCAUUGAUGGGAAUAAUAGACCAUUGUCGCCAUUGGAAUUAUCACAGAUAGUGAAUCGUGCUGGCAGAUUUGGAAUAUCUAAUAGUGCUGCAGAGUGUGGUGUAUUGAAGAAACAAUUGCUUGAAGAUUUUAAAAGAAUAUUAGGCUCAAAAAUUGAUAAUUUAUGUGAUAUACAAAUGACACUAGAACCUAAUCAAUUAAUCACAUUCAUUGAGUCAAUUAAAUCAACACAGAAUGAUACUAUUUCCCCAGCUGUCAUCGUCAAAACGUUUAAAAAUUUAACAACCGUUACAAAACCUUACAAUUUAUCUAAGCUUGACAAGAUGAAUAGGUUAUCAUUCUGCCUUGAAGGCAUCAAUCUUACAACAAAACUGACUGUGGAAUAUCUAAAUGCACCGCUAGAUACGAAUCAUCAGAUGAAUCUAGCAUCCCUAAGACUAUUUGCUUCGAGGCAUUCUGAUAACUUGAAAAUACAUUUGGAUGAUUUACUAGACAUUGAUAAAUUCAGAUCUUCUAUUGAUAAUAUCGCAAAAUUGAAAUUAUACGAACUAGUAUACAGCGUAUUGGAUUACUAUCAAUACAUGUCGUUUAGAUACCCAAAUACAUAUGUUGACAUUGCAGCGGUGGACGUAUUAAAAAAAUACAUUUCAAAUGAAAUAACUAUGCUCAUUGAUUCAAAUGUCGAACCGAAUUUUUAUCAACCAAUCGAUGAAAUUGUAUCACCAGUCGAUAUUGAUAGAAAUUUUGUUGAGUAUAUGACUGAUGAGUAUAGGGGCGCUGUAAACUAUAUAUCAUGUAAAUUUCACAUUUAA